UUUAAAAAUUUUCUGUUUCUAAAAAACAAAUAAAAUGGAAAAUGAAAAAUAUAAAAACCAAAGAGGCGACGAGCAAGCACCGUUGCAAUCUGAGGAUCAACUGAUAACAAGACAACACCCUGCCGUUGAUCACACCCAAGUUGUGUAUCUGCGAGAUGCGAACUUGGAUGAGUCUAUAACAGAGUCUUCAGUGGACUGCAGUAAAACGGAUCGAACCAAUUCGGAUGCCACUCAAAACAACGAAAUGGAGUCUAAGCCUGUUUCUUUCGGAGUGCAAUGUGAGCCCAGCACCAGCCGUAAUUGCACAGCAAACACACAGAACGAAGCCGCGGUUACGGUAGAAACUUACCCAGCUUCGACGGUGGCUCGCAGGGCUUAUAAUUCGGAUGGUAUGAAUACGGAAACGGAACGAAUGCGGAACAUACUGGACCUACUUCAUCGCUUUUCGUACAACUUGGACGCCAUUGAGGAACGGCUGCAAGCGCCGCAGCAAUACUGCGAACUGGGCACCCAGACCGGUGAGGUCGCCACUUCGCGAAGGCUGCGUGUGGAUCUCACCACCCGGAGAUCGAGUCCGGCCCGGCAUCAACCGGAUAGUCGACCUCCCUGCGAACGUAGUUACCAUAUGAUCACAAUCGCCGGCAACAACCUGCCACCACGUCAGGCAGUCCAACGGCAAACAUUCUGCGGCCGUAUAUGUCGCUCCUUGGGAGAUUUCUUCGCCGCCUUCUGUCUGUGUCUGCAGGUGAACAAGGACUGCAUCUUCUGCCUGGGCUUCUUUGUGGCCUUUGUGGUCAGUGUUAGCUUCCUGACAGCAUUCUUUUAUCGAACGAUCAACUUUAAGCCGUCAGUGUCUCGGGUGACUGCUAUCCCGAUGACUGGAAGCCCGCAAUAUGAGUUGACCCCUCUGAGGUUUAGUGGCGGCUACUAUUACAUCUACAAUAAAAACCAACGUAACUUGUCCUAGUA